CCCGCGCUCGCGUGUCGCCGCCGCCGCCGCCGCCGCCGGUUACGCCAAGCCCCGCCGCCGCCCGCUCGGAUUCUGCGCACAGGCAGCCCCCGAGCCUGUCAUUCUGCAAAAACACAGUUUACUCCACACGCCGCACACCCUCGCGCGCACACCCAGACACGCGCGCGCACACGCACACACACUCACACUCACGCGCGCGCGCACCCCGGGGCCCCCGCGCGCACACGCACCGGAGGGCGCGAGCGAGCCAGACGCGCACACCCGGCGAGCCAAGUUCCGCAGCCUGGCAUGGCUUCUGGGGACCUUUACGAGGUUGAAAGGAUUGUUGACAAGAGGAAGAAUAAGAAGGGAAAAUGGGAGUAUCUCAUCCGAUGGAAAGGCUAUGGGAGUACGGAGGACACAUGGGAGCCAGAGCACCACCUCCUGCACUGUGAAGAGUUCAUCGAUGAGUUCAACGGGCUGCAUGUGUCCAAGGACAAGAGGGUGAAGUCAGGGAAGCAGACUGGAGCCACCAAGCUCCUACAGGACACCCGCAGUCCUGCAGUGGAGAGACUCUCCCACAGGCCUCCAGAGCCAGGGAAGAGCAAGAGUGCUCCUCAGAAGCGGAAACGCAUCAACUCUCCUCUGUCCAGGCCCAAGAAGGGGUCUUCAGGCAAGCCCCAUGGGGCUGGAGACAGGGCUGCCAAGACUGUGUCUUACAGGACUACCCCUAGUGGUUUGCAAAUCAUGCCCUUGAAGAAGGCCCAGAAUGGCCUAGAAAACGGAGAUGCUGGCUCUGAGAAGGACGAGAGGAACUUUGGAAACGGGUCCCAUCAGCCGGACUUGGAUUUGAACGACCAUAUUGGAGAUCAAGAUGCCAGCGACUGUGAUGGGACCCACUCAGCACUGGUGGAAAAUGGAGUUGGCUCUGCUCUGACCAACGGGGGCCUAAACCUGCACAGCUCUGUGAAGAGGAAGCUGGAGGCGGAGAAAGACUAUGUCUUUGACAAGAGGCUCAGGUACAGCGUCCGACAGAAUGAGAGCAACUGUCGGUUUCGAGACAUCGUUGUGCGGAAGGAAGAGGGGUUCACGCACAUUCUGCUGUCCAGCCAGACUUCAGAUAACAACGCGCUGACACCUGAGAUCAUGAAGGAGGUCCGACGAGCACUGUGCAAUGCGGCCACAGACGAUAGCAAGUUACUGCUGCUCAGCGCUGUGGGCAGCGUGUUCUGCAGUGGCCUGGACUAUUCCUACCUGAUUGGUCGGUUGUCCAGUGACCGACGGAAGGAGAGCACACGGAUCGCAGAAGCCAUCAGGGACUUCGUGAAGGCCUUUAUCCAGUUUAAGAAGCCCAUCGUGGUGGCCAUCAACGGGCCAGCACUGGGCCUGGGUGCCUCCAUUCUGCCUCUCUGUGACAUCGUGUGGGCCAGCGAGAAGGCCUGGUUUCAGACACCAUAUGCCACCAUCCGCCUCACGCCCGCAGGCUGUUCCUCGUACACCUUUCCCCAGAUCCUGGGUGUGGCACUGGCCAAUGAAAUGCUGUUCUGUGGGCGGAAGCUCACUGCCCAGGAGGCAUGCAGCAGGGGCCUGGUGUCCCAGGUCUUCUGGCCCACGACGUUCAGCCAGGAGGUCAUGCUGCGGGUGAAGGAGAUGGCAUCCUGCAGUGCUGUGGUUUUAGAGGAGUCCAAAUGCCUGGUCCGAAGCUUCCUGAGGUCGGUGUUGGAGGACGUGAAUGAGAAGGAGUGUGUCAUGCUGAAGCAGCUGUGGAGCUCGUCCAAAGGCCUGGACUCCCUGUUCAGCUACCUGCAGGACAAGAUCUAUGAAGUCUGAGGGCCCUGGCUCACUUGACCCCACGCUCAAAGGGUACCUGACUUCCAGCUCGGCCCUGUGUUCCCAACAUUGGAGCCCAGGGUUCACCCCGGCCAAGAGUUUGUUGGGUGUCUCUUUACACCUAGGGUUGUGUCCAUUCCUUGUGUCCUUUGGUUGCUCCUCAUUGGUUUGAUUUCGUGUAACAGUGGGAAAUGCUGCGUCCUUGGCCUCCCCACGUCCCUGCCCCACCUGGCCGCAGAGCUCUCCAGGGCUGUCUUCCCAGGGCUCUGCCAGGCCCCACCAUCCUUUUCCCACUUGCUGAAACCCAGCACCACCGUGGUCCAGGAAGGGAAGACCACUCUCCCUCGUCCUUCCGACUCAGGCUGUGUCUACACAGUGCCUCCGACUUGGAGAUGAGACCAACAUGGCUCUCUGAUUAAGUGUAGAUCUGGGACCAGGAGACAAUCCUCUUAGGGAAUUCACAGACCAACAAGCACGUGACUGUGUGGGCCCGGCCUCAGUCUCCUCUCCAAUGCAACUCUGUGUGAUUCUUAGGGCUUGGUCUUAAAACCCAACUGAGUGAUUUACAAACCCAGAUAUUGUACAUUUAGAAAUGUUUUGUUAAAUAUAUAUUUUUAAAACAAUGUAAGUGGAAAUUCUGAUAAUUUAUGUGUAUUAUAUGUAAAGCUAGUUUUGCAAAAA